UAUUUUUUUUUUCCUCCCUCCUCUUCCUCCUCCUCCUCCUCCUCCUCCUCCAACUCGCUUGGCUUCAAAGGGAUCGAGCCAGACCUCCGUGUCUCGGGGAUGUACGAAAGCGUGGAUGUUGUGGGUUUGAGCCCCAGCCCCGGCCGCAGCAGCAGCCCCAGCCCCGGCUCUUUUCUGAGCAUGGACUACUACCACCGACACCCGGGGCUCGGGCCGGAAAAGGGUCUCCUGUCCGGGGUAGGAGGACUCCAGCGUCCGUUCGGAGGGUCACUGGUGACCAGCAGACACUGGAGCGGAUCCUGCCACUCUGUAGAGACCGAGAGCACGAGUUCAGGGGAGGACCUGCUGGUCCUCAGCCCCCCCUCACCUCCACCUCCACCACGCAUCUACAAGCCCUGCUUUGUGUGUCAGGACAAAUCGUCAGGAUACCACUACGGAGUCAGCGCUUGUGAGGGCUGCAAGGGCUUCUUCCGGAGGAGCAUCCAGAAGAACAUGGUGUACACCUGCCACCGCGACAAAGUCUGUGUCAUCAACAAGGUGACGAGGAACCGCUGUCAGUCCUGUCGACUGCAGAAGUGCUUCGACGUCGGCAUGUCCAAGGAGUUGGUGCGGAAUGACCGGACAAAGAAGAAGAAGGAGGAGAAGAGGCAGGCGGAGGUGGAGAUCUACGUGCUGUCGGCGGACACCGAGCAGAUGAUCGCACAAGUUUGCCGCGCGCAUCAGGACACGUUUCCCUCCCUGUGUCAGCUGGGAAAAUACACCACGAGCAACAGCUCGGAGCACCGCGUCUCACUGGACGUCAACCUCUGGGACAAGUUCAGCGAACUGUCCACCAAAUGCAUCAUCAAGACGGUGGAGUUCGCCAAACACCUGCCGGGCUUCACGACGCUCACCAUCGCCGACCAGAUCACGCUGCUCAAAGCCGCCUGUCUGGACAUACUGAUUCUGAAGAUCUGCACUCGCUACGCUCCGGACCAGGACACCAUGACGUUCUCCGACGGUCUGACUCUGAACCGCACUCAGAUGCACAACGCCGGGUUCGGACCGCUCACCGACCUCGUGUUCUCCUUCGCCAACCAGCUGCUCCCGCUGGAGAUGGACGACGCAGAGACGGGACUGCUCAGCGCCAUCUGCCUGCUCUGUGGAGAUCGUCAGGAUCUCGAGGAACCAGAGAAGGUGGAUGUUCUUCAGGAGCCGAUGCUCGAAGCGCUCAAGAUGUAUGUGAGGAGGAGGAGGCCGGACAAACCCUGCAUGUUCCCCAAAAUACUGAUGAAGAUCACUGACCUCCGCAGCAUCAGUGUGAAGGGAGCGGAGCGAGUGAUCACACUGAAAAUGGAGAUUCCCGGCUCCAUGCCUCCGCUCAUCCAGGAGAUGCUGGAGAACUCUGAGGGUCUGGAGAGUCACGGAGCCGGGGGAGAGAAAGGAGGAGAAGACGGAGCGGACGGCAAGGAGGAAACGGACAUGAGGAGCUGUCGUCCCAGUCCGUCUCCCAAAUCGGUCCCCUCUUCCAGCCCGAGCCCCGUACCCCGCUCCCCUGCUCCGUCUCCCUCCACCUGAGCAGCACCAGUGAAAGCAGACACAGACUGGACCUGAUGGGACAGAGAAGUGUGGACUUCUGUACGUGGAGACACUGAAUGUCUCUCUGCAAAUGGUGCAAGUGAAUGAAAGCAGGGGACGUGAGAACUGAUUUAUGUCCACAUUUCAUACUGUGCAAAAAAACUGAUUUCAUUUUGUAAAAUCUUUUUUGUUAUAUAUGUGUGUGUAUAUAUAUAUAUACACAUAUAUGUAUGCCUCUGAUGUUAAUUAUUUGUGAACCUGAAUGAAGGCUUAUGUCUAACACACUCCGUCCCUUCCUCAUGAGCAUGUACAUGCAGAAGCGACUUUAUAUUCUGUCAUUCUGACAGUGAUGUCACUCCAAACAAGAACAGACACUUUGUUUUUCUGUAAGCUCGCAGGUUUAUCACAGGUACGAAACUACAUUUCAAACUCCUUAGCCAGUUCAUGGAAACACCUGGAAGAUGCAGCUUGGACACAUCAUCAGUGAUGAACCCGGGUCCACAACCACCUAGAAGCUUUUUCUGCUGCUUCACUGACGUUCCUGGUGGCUUUUCUCUCUAAUGCCAAGAAUCCUUAACACUCGGUGCAGAGAUCGCCAUGGAAACCCCUGCAUUGGUGGGCCUCCUCUAUCCGGACUGUAAGACCUCUUUCAAACCCUCUGAUGUGAAGACCACAUCUGUCCUUGGGAAGUCAGCUACUACCGUUAGCACCUGAAGGUGGCGCCGUGUGUACGUCCCCUCUCCCAGGGCUUUAGGGCAGCAGUUCAGGGUUAUGCUCCACAGAGCCUCUCGCCGGUGUUUGUACUACAGACCAUUUUAGAAACCAAAGGGUAACAAACGAUAACUUAAACAACCCCUUUUUGAAGUUGUCUGACGUAGUUUUAAAGAAAUACAGAAUCAUUGAUCUGUAACUGGUUAUCAACCUGGGAUUUUACCUGUUAAAUAAAACACAUUUUACAAAAGAAGACACUGGUUAUCAGCGCUGUUGAUCUCCAAUCCCAUAAUUAUUGUUAGCAUCAAGUAUAUGGUCAAUUCUUUUAUCCAGUGUCGAUGAACGCAGUUCCCUCGCGUCAGACACAAACAAAACCAGGAACGACCCGAGGAUUCAUCAACCUGACACAUAACAAAUAACAAGCAUGAAACAGAGAUGAGGAAGUGAGGAAACGACUGACGACUAAGCAGAACUCGGCAGGAAUAAAAGAAAAAAGAAUCAUGUCAACGUAACACUUAAUAAACAUGUCAUCGUGAUCAAAAGUUGAUUUGAGUUCUGGGAGCUUUAAAAACAAAUAAAAGUGUAUUAAAAUCAUCUCCUCACAAAGUGAUUGCAGGUGUUUGUACGUUUGACAGAAAACCUGAGAGUUUUUCAACUUUAACAUUCAAACACUGACAAUGACAGACGGUGAAAGAAUACGACCUUAUUUAGUUAUUAUAAGGAGAUGAUGUAGAACUGCAGUCACGUGCUGCCUUUAAAACCCUAAAAUCGAUACAAUCAUUGUAACCUGGACUCAAUGAAGCAACGACACAACAACACAACGACACAAGGGUUUGUUGUUGCUGUAAAACCCAAAAAAUCUUCUGCCUGCACCAUGUUUCUGUCCUUCUCUGGAGUGUCGUCACUCUUACAUGUGUUAGAUAUUAGUGGAUGUUCUUGUUUAUGUAGAAUCAUUAUGUAUAAUACGAUAUUGUACAUAUAUAUAUAUAUAAAAAAAAAGAAGUUGUUGGACUGAGGCAGACUUAAACAAGAUGCUAUUUUCCUAAAUGCACAUUUGUAUAUUAUGUAUAUUUUCCAGCUCAGCCAUGAAAACGUCUUCCUUCGUCCACUUUUCACUCAGAGACACGUCAGGGAGAGACUUUAAAUAAAAGCCACCACUCUGGAAUCAGAAAUGUAAACAACAAUGACCGUGUUUUUAUCUGUCUUACUUAACAUUGUCUUGUAUACUUUGUUUGCGGCUCCAGCAGCAAAUUAAACGACUUUAACAAACUGUAAAAAA